AUGAUGGGGAGGAAUAGCUCCGUGGAAGAGGUGCGGGGGAGGCCUCCAUUAGCGCCGCGCGGCUUAUCGGUCCCCUUCCAAAUGCCAAACCUCCGCUGGGACAAAACCCGACGGCUCCAAUGCCGACCUCCCUCCGCCGACGAGGACGACGACGACAGCGCCGCCGCGAGAUCAUCUCCUCCGCCUCCGCCCCCAGCCAAUAACGGGAGGUUCAAGAUCCGCAUCCGGACCGACAGCGGCAAGGAUGCCGAGGAACGAGAGGACGGGUCUCGCAAUCACAAGGCUCUGGAGGAGGAGGAGCAGCAGCAGCGGAGUAUUCCAAGGACGAGCGCGGCGCCCGAAGGCGAAGGAGAAGGCGAGAGCGGAGGGCAGAGAGGAGAAGGAGAAGCCGAGGAGGAAGCCGGUGGACGGCUGACUCUGGAGAAGAUCAAGGAAGACUUUAUACGGAUGACGGGGUCCAGGCCUCCCCGCCGCCCCAAGCGUCAGAGACCGUCCGCCCAGAGGACGCUCGAUGUGAAGGUCUCUUAA